AUGACCUGCCGAAGUGCGCGCGGCGUGCUCGCCGCCGUCGCCGCCACCGAACCCCGCGCGGACACGCGUCGCCGCUCGGGCGGAUGCGCUCGCCGCAAGCGCAGCUCGCGCAGAUCCGUCGCGUUCCUGGCGCUCCCAAUCCUGCUUCUCCUGAUUCUCCUCCCGACAGUCGCGGCGCAGCUCACGUGGGGAGAUUUGUUUCAAGGAAUAGUCGACUGGGCUAAAGGCGUCUUUAAGGGGGAUGGCGAUGAUGACGAUGACGAUGAUGGCGGCUCGUCAUCCUCGUCUUGUACCGCGUCUUCUCUUGCCGGAUACACGUCAUCAGUCAGCCUCGGAAGCGCUCUCACUCUACAUUGGACAGUGCCCGCUGGCGGCGCGAAGGUAAAAUUCGCUCUGGAGGCGGACGGCGGCUCGAACGCCGCCAAAGGCUGGAUGUCCGUCGGAUUCUCAUCGGACGGUGAUAUGUCGCCCGCCGACGCGGUGAUCGGGAACAUGGGCGGCACGGGGGUGUACGCGUAUCAUAUCUCGGGAUACGAUCUAUCCGACGUGGCGCGUACCUCCAAGUUCACGAUCUACGCGCCGGGGCUAACCACCACGUCAGAGAAGACAAUAAUGACCUUCACUCGGUCCACGUCAGACGGGAGCGUGAGCGUCAACCCGACCGGCUCCAACAAGCUCAUCUGGGCCUUCUCCUCUUCUGGCUCCAAAACCUUAGCUUACCACGGCGGCAAAUACGGAAGGACCACCGUUGAUUUCUCCUGCUCCUCCACGUCAUCAGGUUCGGGGUCAGGCUCGGGAUCAGGCUCGGGGUCAGGUUCGGGGACGGGUAACGCCUGCGCCAAGUCGACGCUGACUGGAUACUCGUACCAAACGAACCUGAACGGUAACAGUCUGCUCCUGCAUUGGAACAAGGCACGUGCCAACGGCGCUCUCACAAUGGCAGUAGAAGCCAAGUCAGGAGCAGCCAAGAACGGGUGGAUUUCUCUUGCCUGGACUGCCAAUAACAAGAUGGCUCCUGCCGACGCUGUUUUCGGGAAUCUAGCGGGCGGCAAAGUGGGCGCGUACUAUAUUAAUGGGUACACUGUAUCCUCGAUACAACCCGCCUCGUUUUGGAUUGGGCAGACCCCUGCAACGGUUACUUCUUCGACUGGAUCGACUGUGGUCAAGUUCUCGCGCAAGCACUACACGGGGUCGGUGUCUCGCUUUCUGGCAUGGAACAAGAACACUCUGCUGUGGGCCUACUCCCCCUCGGGUUCCAAGAGCAUGGGCUACCACGGCGGUGCAUAUGGGAGGAUCACGGUGGAUUUCUCCUGCAGGACUGCAGCCACUGGUGGGGGCAAAGGAGGGGGUGAUGAUGAUGACGACGACGACGACGACGACGACGAUGAUGAUGAUGAUGACGAUGAUGACAACGAUCGGCGCGAUCGCAGGCGCCAUCGCCGUUGGCAUCAGGGCUAG